CUUGCGUUGUUUACAAUCCAUCUCCAAAACCCACUUCAGCGAGGAUCGAAUUCCACACACCUAGUGUAUAUCCACACCCGUACUGCAAACCCUUGGUAGAUCCCUGUCACACCAAGCCCCUUGACUUCUUUUCUCGGACCUUUUGCAUGGACAAUACAUUCUACUUAAAGCAUGCCGGUCCCAAAAAGCCUCUUUCUUAGCAUGAAUGCCCUCGUCCCUUCCCUCUACUAGGCUUCCCGCUUCCAGGUUCUUACUUCUUAAUUCAUUUUUUUUACUUUUUCCAGCUCCGCUUAACUAAACCUGGUGUUGAGUUGGCGAGACCACCACACACCCCCAUCCCUCCAACACCAAAACUAAUUCAAGCACACCACGCAUCAACCAAAGCCACUUUUUUUUCUUCACAAGCUCCUGUUUAAAGAUCUUUUUGACUCGCGGCUGUGCCCUUGUAAAAAUCCUCCUCUUGUUCCUAUUUCCAACCUUCAAAAAUCGGGCCCUCCUCCGCUUUCACUCACUCACUCCACCCUCAGCGUCUAUCUUUGACCACCAAACCACCGGAUCUGUCCAGACUUCAGACAAAAAGAAUAGACCGUCCUGUCGUUCACUGACUUGAAAAAUAACAAAACCUUCUUCGUCCUUCGUUUCGACAUUCACACCCUCUUCCCUCCCAAACCAUUCUCAUCCUCUUCUUUUUUGGAAGUCAUUGUUACUAUUCAUCGGGCUGAGCCUUUUGUUCUGUUCUUGCGUUCUUCAUUUUAAACACAUCUUGAUACCCGUCUUCUUUUCGACGACAACCAGCCAAAACAACCCGGCUCCACAACACAAAGACAAAAAUCCGACAAGAUGCAGUCCCCCACUCGCUUCCAGUCCAUCGCGGCCAGGUUCUCGUCCGAGAAGAUCCGCACCUCUUUCCGCCGCCGCUCGUCGGCCUCAUCCCGCACCAGCGCCAGCAGCAACAGAAGUUCCUACUCGUCGGCCUCCAUGUCGCCAGUCACCACCAUCAACAGCAUCAUAGUGCGCCAGCCCUCAAUCGUCGGCCUUGAGGAGGAGCGCAAGAGCUUCGGCAGCGAGCUCAGCAUCCUCGAGCCAAGGCCCAUCGUCUACUGGGGCGGUGUUGAGGAGCGCAUGGGCCGCUUUUAGAGAGCCAGCUGUGUUAUUGUGUGACGAACCAAUGCCAUGAAAGGCCCUCGGACCUGAACGGCUGAGCGGGCUGCCGCUACUGUCCUGCACGGCGCAUGAUGUGACAUUCAGCACGAGCACUACAGCAAACGCAUGCCCUCGGCUCUUACACACGAGAAAAAUGCUCCAACCUGGAACAGCAACUUGGCGAAAAAGCACGAAAGCAUUACAUCAAAUAUUGGGGGGAUUUUUGUUCCUCCACACCAUUCACAUUUCUUCUUUGCAGGCUGAGGGGAAAACGAGAGAGACAAAAAGAAAAUAAAAACUCUCCUUAGUCUGCUGGCGCGCGGUGCACGCAACGACUCGGAUAUUUACGAACACACAUGACCAGCCUCAAAACAAUCGUCCGAGUGAUGACUUGGGGGAAGCUUCGAUUCCCACGACCAAAAGCUUAAACCUUGUCAGGCCGUACCUGGAUCCAGACCUUCAUCAAGAGACGACGGGCAAAUAAAGAAAAAAAGUUUGCACGGCAGUUUGACUCGACGUCGCUUGUCACGCGUUGCCUUUUCUUGACUUUUCUUUUGCUUCUUAUCUAAACUUUUUACAUGAUUCUUGUCCUUCCUUUAUUCUACUAUUACCCCCUACCACGCUGCAAUGACGAGUAACAUAACAACUAUGACUUUUGGUCCGGGGUUUUUUGGUGGAAAUCUGUCUUUUUUUUCUUAUUGCUUGGGUUUGGUAAUACCUCCUUUUUUAGGGCGCGAGGAAGACUAGUACUCGAGGCGCAUGGGCGUUUUCUUUUUAUACUUGAUUUGGAUGUUUUUAUUUGGAGCGUGAGCAGAUAGACCAAGAAGCUGCGUUUUCCUUGUGGCCCAUGGUCUCCUGGCACAAGAAAAAAAAACGAAAAAGUACAAGACACAAUACAAGGAACCCAGAACUGUCUGUCAGUUUAUCCACAUAAAUAUUUUUUUCUCGUUCGCCGCUUCUAUGUUGACGCAAGUAUAUCCCACGCGGUGUGUUUUU